UUAAAGUGACAGAUCUAGAACCAAUCACUCUUGGAGCCAACUUUGAAUGAGGUGGGGGAAAAACUCCCAAAAGCUGAAAAAAAAAAAAAGUCAAGGGAAAGCGGGUUCUUCCUGUAAAGACUGCUUUUGCCUUUAACUGGGGUUUCCUGGAGACAAAGUGCUCCAAUGGUUUUGCAUCUCUAAGCACUUAAAUGUCCUUCGUCCUUCUGUCUUGGGUCGGUGUGCCCCCGGUGGGCUGAAUGGGGAUCCUUUCCAAAGACAAAGUCUCCAGCCUUGCUUCCAGGCCAUGCGCGUUUCGCUCUCCCGGUGUAGAAAGAAGUUGGGGCAAGCAUCAGGGUGCGGAAGGGUCGCCGGCUAGUAAGGGGAAGGUGUUUGAGGUUGGGAGAUUUACUUCCCUCCAGCCACACAGCCCGUGUGCACGCGCGCGCGUGCGUGCGUGCGUGCGUGCGUGCGUGUGUGUGUGUGUGUGUGUGUGUGUGUGUGUGUGUGUUUGCGUGUGGACACCGGCCGCGUGCCAGCGCACGUUCCCCGCAAGGCGCGUCCCGCAAGCGCGGGGCCCCUGCGCGCGCCGGUUGGGCGCAAACUUUCUGCAAGUGCAACUUGGGCAUCCCUGGAGAGGCGGGGACGCGGGGCUGGCUGGGAGGGGGGGCGCCCCACGAAAGGGAAGGCGGCCGCCAGCAACGGGGCGGAUCCCUGCUGCGCCGGAGGCCUGAAAGGGAGCCAAUCGGGCAGCCGGGGCUGCUGCCAAUCACGCGCCUCCCUCCAAUCCCACCCGUGCCAUUUCCCAAAUCUCGGCCCCACUGUGCAGCCUGACUGCGCCGUGCGCUCUGCCAAUCGCCUGAGGAUAGAGUGGGAACGGGAAUGAGCCGAGUUAGGAGGCCAGGACAAAGAAGUUAAAGAGCGCCGAGUACAUACAUGUUUCUGAAGGCGGCCCGAGGGAGAAAGGUGCCCCCAGUGAGGGCCUGUGGGGCCGAUUGUGUAGUUCUGAUGGAGCCCCCUUUGAGCAAGAGGACCCCGCCAGCGCUGAGAUUAGCGGAUUUGGCACCGGCUCAGGCCAGGCCGCUGCAGACCGUGACGGGCUUCCCGGCACUGGCCAGUCCACUCCCGCCGCCCGCCCACCCCCAACUCCGCGCCGCGGCCGCCAGCCUCCGCCCUCGGGACCCGGGCGCUGACCCCGGCGCGGCCCUCCCUCCGCUCGGACCCGAGCACGCGGCCCAGGCGAGCGCGCUCGGCCUCAGCCCCGCGGCCCACGCGCCGCCCGCCCAGCCCGCGGCCCCGGCGGCGCUCCCCGGCGCGGGCACCGUCCCGGGCGGCGGGGGCAGCCGCGGCGCGCGGCCCUCGGCGCCCCCGCCCCCGGCCCCUCCUCUUCCUCCCUCCCCCUCGCCCCCUCCCCCUUCUCCUCCUGCCCUCUCGGGCUACACCACCACCAACAGUGGCGGCGGCGGCAGCAGCGGCAAAGGCCACAGCAGGGACUUCGUCCUCCGGAGGGACCUUUCCGCCACGGCCCCCGCGGAGGCCAUGCACGGGGCGCCGCUCGGAGGGGAGCAGCGGCCCGGCGGCGGCUCCCCCCGGCCCCCGGCCCCGCCUCCCCACCCGGCCGGCAUGUUCAUCUCGGCCAGCGGCACCUACGCGGGCCCGGACGGCGGCGGCGGCGGCGGCGGGGGCCCGGCGCUCUUCCCGGUGCUGCACGACGCGCCCGGCGCCCCCGGCGCGCCCCCGCACCCGCUCAACGGCCAGAUGCGCCUGGGGCUGGCGGCGGCCGCGGCGGCCGCGGCGGCCGAGCUGUACGGGCGCGCCGAGCCGCCCUUCGCGCCGCGCUCGGGGGACGCGCACUACGGGGCGGUGGCGGCCGCGGCGGCCGCCGCCCUGCACGGCUACGGCGCCGUGAACUUAAACCUGAACCUGGCGGCGGCCGCGGCGGCGGCGGCGGCGGCGGCGGGCCCCGGGCCCCACCUGCAGCCGCACCACGCGCCGCCCCCGGCGCCCCCGCCGCCGCCGCCCGCCGCCGCGCCGCACCCGCACCCGCACCACCCCCACCUCCCGGGGGCGGCCGGCGCCUUCCUGCGCUACAUGCGGCAGCCAAUCAAGCAGGAGCUCAUCUGCAAGUGGAUCGACCCGGACGAGCUGGCCCGGCCGCCGCCGCCGCCCCCGGCCGCCGCCGCCCAGCCCUGCUCCAAGACUUUCGGCACUAUGCACGAGCUGGUGAACCACGUCACCGUGGAGCACGUGGGCGGCCCCGAGCAGAGCAGCCACGUCUGCUUCUGGGAGGACUGUCCGCGCGAGGGCAAGCCCUUCAAGGCCAAAUACAAGCUCAUCAACCACAUCCGCGUGCACACAGGCGAGAAACCCUUCCCCUGCCCGUUCCCCGGCUGCGGCAAGGUCUUCGCGCGCUCCGAGAACCUCAAGAUCCACAAGCGCACUCAUACAGGGGAGAAACCUUUCAAAUGUGAAUUUGACGGCUGCGACAGGAAGUUCGCCAACAGCAGUGACCGGAAGAAACAUUCCCACGUCCACACCAGCGACAAGCCAUAUUACUGCAAGAUCCGGGGCUGCGACAAGUCCUACACGCAUCCCAGCUCGCUGAGAAAGCACAUGAAAGUGCACUGCAAGUCGCCGCCGCCUUCUCCGGGCUCCCUGGGCUACCCUGCAGUGGGCACGCCGGUGGGGGCCCCCCUCUCCCCAGGUCUGGACCCAACCAGGAGUCACUCCAGCACUCUGUCCCCUCAAGUGACCAACCUCAAUGAGUGGUAUGUCUGCCAGGCCAGUGGGGCCCCCAGUCACCUCCGCCCACCUUCCAGCAACGGCACCACGUCGGAGUCUGAAGACGAGGAGAUGUACGAGAACUCGGAGGUGGUUCGGACAGUCCGUUAGACUUGCUGGGUGGUGAUGAUCCGGUACGCAGAGAAGUGGCGGUCCCCAGACUCCAUCCAGACCCAAGACGAGGCUGAGCCUGGGACUCGACACCAACUCUAAUGAGCCCUAUUUAUUCCGUAUGAAACCCUAUGGUGUUUGGACGUUUUAAUUAAUUUAAUUAAGAUAUUUGGGCUCUGUUUUCUUCAGCAAACAAACGAAAACACCCAACCAAGCUGGACUUGUACGUGGCAGGGGUGGGGACAGGCUGGAGGGCAAAUGGUACCAAGGAAAAUGAAUGGAGCGAGAACUCGUUCAUGGAGAUCCAUGCUGCCGUUGCGCUCUAGAUCUAUUUGAAGAGGAAGGUUUGGCCGAACUCAGCACUGAGACCAGGCCCUUGGCGUUUCCUGCACUGCCUCUCCGCUGCCUUUGACACCAGAACGGGCUGCCCCAGAGUCUCUUUACCUCCUUCUGGGGUCCUGAUUCUGCAAAGGCCUCUUGAUUGUAAACCACACACUGCUGCAUUGCCAACAGAUCUUCGACUGUACCUGUGUCCACCCGCGUUUGUAAAAGCCCUUUCUUUCAGUUCUAAUAUUUGUAAUGUUAAAUUUAAAUGUUCAUUUUUAAAAAAAAAAAUUACCAAUCUCCCCCUUAACACUAUUUUUAUACGGGAUGAUUUUGUUCAGUGCCCUGCUUUCUUAAGAUGCAGCCACCUUAAUCCAUCUCCAUCUCCUGUGCUACUGUGAUUGUCCAGGAACAGGAGUGGAGAGGGGAGGAAAGGUCUGCUAUAGACAACUGGUAAACUGACAUUCUAUAACAUGGAAAACAUUCAAGAGCUUCCUUUUUUCUCUAGCAGUUGUUUUUUGGUUUGGUUUUUUAAAUCUGAAUUCUCAGAUGCUGCCUCCUUCACUGUGUUCAAACUUCUUGUGUAAUAAAGAGAUGAUGUUUUAGAUCACAAAUUCUUUGGGAUGCCAAAACCAACAGGCCAGGCUAAGGAAGUGUGAUGUUGGCAUCUGGCCUGUUUUUUGGUGGUGGUUGUUUUGAAAGCUGUUGUUUUUUAAAAAACAGGCCUGCCCCUCUUUUAUGCUGUUGUAUCCACCUUUUCAAAAGUCCUCCUCAAUGCCUGAAAACUGCAUUUGAAUGCAUUUUCCUUCCUCCCAGAGAGCUCUCAGCCCUGGGAGCUCCAUCACCAUUUGAAAAUGACUGUGUAAAGUGUAUGAUUUACAUUAAAAGAGGGGAGGGAGUGGCUAUACAUUAUUAAAAUUUUUAAAAGGUUUAUAGUUACCACCAAACAACUGAUGAGUGUGUGACCCUUGCUAGAGCUGUCAAAUCGGAACAAAAAAGGUCAAGGACCCCGAACAAUAACUCCUAGUCAGUUUAUUUUCCGUUGGUACAACACAGCUCAUGUGCAAAACGUAAAUUCGGCAGAAACAUCAUACAGAUAUACUAAAGAGCACUGAUUUAUCCUCAGAGACUCUGAAGACAGCCCCCUCCCCAGGGUUUGUAGAAAUUUGUUUUGUGUGCUGUGAGUGCCUGACGUAGCCUUGUCAUUGUUAAUAACUUGUAUGUGAACACUAUUAUUUGUACAGUUGAAUUAAUUUAUUUUCAGACAUCAUCCCUUUCCCCCUCCCCCCCGGAAGAGUUCAAAGCACACCAAAGAAUUCUAUUAUACAUUUUGGUGAAAGAUUGUCAUGUAUGAUCCAUGGUUUAUUUAAAAGAAAAAAAAAGGAAAGAUGGGAGUUAUAUUUUUAAGCUUACUUGAAUGAACAACGUAAUGUGAAGAUCAGGACUCUUCCUGCAUGUGUUUUUGCAUUGUGUUGACGAGAUUAUACAUAGUUUAUAGAUAUAUUAUAUAGAACAGUGCAUGGUGCUGUCACUUUGAAAGCCUUUCCAUGUUGUCCUCAGAUUGUUGCAGUGAAUAUGAAACAAGCCGAACCCUCCUCUAUACAGAAAAAGAACCUAAAACUUGAAUAUAAAAUAAUUCUACAUUUUUAAAAGUUUGAUUUUCAUAUGAUUCACGUUGAAAACUCUUUUCACAUAGACCAAGAAGACCAAGGUAUGAACUUUUUUUGGGAGGGGUGGGAUAAUUUAUGUAUCGUAAACUUAAAUAGAACAAAAUAUUCCUGGUUGGUCAUAAGUUGUCUUAUUUAUACAACUUUUUCAACAGUAGUUUGCACUAUUCUUUAUUAUGCUACAGGUUUAUUUAUUAUGAAACAAAGGAAUAUGUAUUUUAUGUAAUUUGCCAGGUUAAUUCUUCACCACAAAUUGAUUGGUUCCUCAUCAUCUAAAGGAAAAGUGUAAACUGUACCUCUGAUAGAAAGCAAAAUGAAUAUGAAGUUAAAAAUUUAAUAAAGGUAUUC